AUGAAUCCAUCUGCCUCGAAAAAGAAACUUAUGGCCAUGGACUCAACGGUGAGGCCGGGAGCUGCGCCGCCGAAAUCCCCGACCGGAGAUACGAAAAAUGCCAUCCAAGCCAUGAUAAUGGGGCUUAUUGUUGUCGUCACUGUUGGAUACAUGUUCUUGUGGAUUAUGCUCCCAACAAAUGUGUACAGACUAAAAUGGCUCCCAAAAAUCCAAGCUAAGGCUAACACCACUUACUUUGGAACUCAAGGAACAAACAUUUUGAUAUUCACAUUUCCUGUCCUCUUUGUGGCUGCCUUGGGUUGCGUUUAUCUCCAUUUAAGAAAGAAGAGCACCGUUAAUGGUGGUCACUACCAUCAUUCCAAUGGUGAGAACAAUGGUUUAGCUGCAUGGAAGAGGCCGAUGAUCAUCAAAGGACUCGGGGUCAUAUCCUUAAUCGAAUUGGCAUUUUUGGUGAUGUUUGUUGCUCUUAUUGCUUGGUAUUUUUCACUCUCCUUGCGCAUCAAGUUCCACAAUAUUACCCCCAUGUCCGCUGCAAAAACCGGCGAAAAAGUGUGGCAAGCGAAGCUGGACGCAACCGGUUUAAGGUUCGGGAUUGCCGGGAACAUAUGCUUAGCAUUUCUAUUCUUCCCGGUGGCGCGUGGGUCAUCGGUGUUACAGUUAUUUGGACUGACUUCGGAAGCCAGCAUCAAAUAUCAUAUGUGGAUGGGACAUAUUACCAUGGCAGUGCUUACUGCUCAUGGUGUUUGCUACGUCAUUUAUUGGUCUGUUACUCACCAAAUAUCUCAGAUGUUGAAAUGGCCAAAAAUGGGGGAAUCAAAUGUGGCAGGAGAAAUAGCAUUGUUAGCGGGAUUAGCUAUGUGGGCAACAACCUUCUCUGGCAUUAGGAGGAAAUUUUUUGAGCUCUUUUUUUACACUCAUUAUCUCUACAUUGUCUUCAUGCUUUUCUUCCUCCUUCACGCCGGACUCGGCCAUUUUUCCUAUGGCCUUGCUUCCUUCUACCUCUUCUUGGUUGAUCGAUACUUGAGGUUCUUGCAAUCUCGCCAAAAUGUCCGUUUGGUUUCCGCUCGCAUCCUCCCUGGUCAAACCCUCGAGCUCAAUUUCUCUAAGGCGGCAGGUCUUACUUAUACUCCCACGAGCAUAAUGUUCUUGAAUGUGCCUAGCAUUUCAAAGUUGCAAUGGCAUCCUUUUACAAUUACCUCGAGCUGUAAUUUGGAGCCUGAAAAGCUGAGUGUUAUCAUAAAAGGAGAAGUGAGUUGGACUAACAAAUUGCACCAGUUACUAUCCUCACCUUCUUCAUCAGUUGAUCAUCUUGCUGUGUCCGUUGAAGGACCUUAUGGACCUUCUUCUACUGAUUUUCUCAGGCAUGACUUGUUAGUGAUGGUGAGUGGAGGCAGUGGAAUAACGCCUUUUAUCUCCAUAAUUAGAGAAUUGAUCUACACCAGCGAGACACAGAAUUACAAAACUCCCUCAAUUCUGCUCAUUCCAGCGUUCAAGAAUUCUUCAGAUUUGACAGUGCUUAAUCUCAUUCUCCCCAUUCACAUUUCCCCAUCCCAAAUUUCCAAUCUUGACCUACAAAUCGAUGCCUACGUCACCAGAGAAAAACAACCACCUUCAUCAUCAUCGGAAGAAGAAGCAUCGACCAAGAAAAACAUCACCACAAUUUGGUUCAAACCUAAGCCAACCGAUUCGCCGAUAUCGCCGGUUCUGGGUCAAAACGGUUGGCUCUGGCUGGGCGCGAUUAUAUCGGCAUCUUUCAUGAUGUACCUGGUUCUGAUCGGGAUCAUUACGAGAUACUAUUUUUAUCCAAAGGAUAUUCAUCAUGACGGUAUGAAUAUGAUGAUGAUGUACUCGAGCUCAUCUAAGUACGUGGUGAAUCUGUUGUUCUUGUGCGUAUCCAUCGUUUUCGUGGCGACUGUGGUUUUCUUGUGGAACAAGAAACAAAAUGCCAUGGAAAACAAGCAGAUUCAGCACUUGGAAGGGGCAACUCCGGAGGCAUCUCCUGCCUCGUUGUUCUAUAAUGCUGAUAGGGAAUUGGAAAGCGGGGCACCACAACAAUCACUUGCCUUCUCCACAAAUGUGCAUUAUGGUGAAAGGCCUGACCUCAAGAGGAUUCUGUUUGAGAGGAAAGAAUCAAGUGUUGGAGUUUUAGUUUGUGGGCCGAAGAAAAUGAGACAUGAAGUUGCGAAUAUUUGUUCCUCUGGUUUGGGAGCCAAUCUGCAUUUUGAGUCCAUCAGCUUCAGUUGGUGAAUUAUAUGUGUUUUGAAGCGGUUUGUUUAAAAGAUCAUUUUGGGUCUCCUUCUUCAGAUCUCAACUGGAGAUGGUCGUGGAGUUUUAAUUUGGACCUCUUGGUGAAUGGACCUCUCAGUGUGACUUAAUACCAUUCCCAGCUAAUAGUGAAUGUGUGAAAAAUAAUAAUAAUAAUAAAGUACAGCGAUGGUGAUGUGGAUUGAUAAUGUAUAUAAACUUAUAUUUUGUGAUGUGUGUUUUUAUGAAAUGAGAAGCAAAC